AUGUUGACCAUAAUCCUCCUACCACUUUGUCUUUUCUUUAUCCUUUUUAGUUUCAUGUGCCGAAGGCCGAAGAAUUUUCCACCAGGACCCACUAUCCUGCCAAUCCUGGGGAACCUCUUGAGCCUGAGCUUGGAGAACCCCUUGCAAGACUUUGAGCGGCUGAGGAAGGCAUAUGGAAAUGUCUACAGCUUGUACCUGGGUCCUAAACCUGCUGUUAUUGUUAAUGGAUUACACGCCAUGAAAGAGGCUUUAGUGUCCAAAGCGAUUGACUUCGCUGGACGACCCCAAGACCUUUACGUUAAUGAUACCACAGACAGAAAAGGAGUCAUCCUGGCUGACUAUGGUUCUUCUUGGAAGGAACAUCGUCGAUUUGCUCUUAUGACUUUGAGGAAUUUUGGUCUCGGGAAGCAGUCAAUGGAGAAGAGGAUUCUGGGAGAAAUUGAAUUCAUCAUGAAAACACUGGAAAAGUGCAUAGGCAGUACCUUGAGUCCCCAAUUUAUGUUCCAUAAUGCAUCCUCUAACAUAAUCUGCCAGAUUCUGUUUGGUAAACGCUACGAUUAUAAUGACGACUUCAUCAAAGUGAUUGUUCAAUGUUUCACUGAGAAUGCCAAGUUGGCAAAUGGACCCUGGGCUAUGCUGUAUGACUCCUUGCCGAUGAUUCGUGGUCUUCCAUUGCCCUUCAUGAAGUCUUUUGAGAAUGUCAAGAUAUGUCAAAAACUUGCAAAGGGUUUGUUGGCUGAGCACAAGAGGACCAGAGUCCCUGGAGAACCACGAGACUUUCUUGACUGCUAUCUGGAUGAACUGGAUAAGAGACGUGAUGAUGAUGGUUCCCCAUUUUCAGAGGAACAGCUAACAAUGUACGCGCUAGAUAUUCACUUUGCUGGGACAGACACCACCUCCAACACCCUUCUGACUGCUUUCCUUUAUCUUAUGACUCAUCCACACGUACAAGAGCGUUGCCAACAGGAGAUUGAUGAGGUGUUAAAAGGGAAGGAUAAAGUGUCUUUUGAUGACAGAAACAAUAUGCCAUACGUGCAGGCUGUAAUCCAUGAAGUUCAGAGAGUAGCGAACACUGUGCCACUGAGUGUCUUUCACUGUACUACAAAAAACACAGAGCUGAUGGGAUAUUCUAUUCCUAAGGGUACAAUUAUCAUCCCAAACCUGACCUCGGUGCUCCAUGAGGAAGGCCAGUGGAAAUUUCCUCAUAAAUUCAAUCCUGAAAACUUCCUCAAUGACCAGGGCGAGUUUGUCAAGCCAGAGGCCUUUAUGCCUUUUUCUGCAGGUCCUCGCAUGUGUCUUGGUGAGGGUUUGGCUCGUAUGGAGCUCUUCAUCAUCACGGUGACUCUGCUCAGAAGGUUUAUGUUCAUCUGGCCUGAUGACGCAGGAGAGCCAGACUUCACCCCAGUCUAUGGGGUCACUCUCACUCCCAAACCUUAUCGCAUGAAAAUUCAACAAAGAGCAAUGCAGUCAAGCUGA